UAACACCCACUGUAGCGUGACACUAAGCGCAUAUAAACGCCAACACUGUUCUAAUUCCAAACAGAGUGCCAAUAGGCAACGAAGUGCGAACGAAGCCAAAAUGGUACCAAACUACCUCCUAAUUCUGACUCUGGCAGUCGCCGUAACCGGCAGAACAGCUUCAACGCAUCAGAACAAAUUAGAAGAAGCCAGAAGUUCAGAGGACGGUGUUUUGGGUGAUUUGAAGAUCGCGUAUGAAACAUAUAAAGAUUGCAGUGGCAGUGAAAUUGGUAAUUGUCUCAAAUUGAAAUUAGCCAAAGCUCUAACAAGAAUAACGAAGAGCGAUGAAAUAAAUCUACUCAACGGAGUUACAAUUUCAAAGGACAAGAAUGCAAUCGAAAAUGUUGAAACUGAAGAAGCGAUUCCAAGGAGUCUUGACGAGAACUCAUUGGACAGCCUUAUUUUGGACAAGAUCGUUGGAUUCAUGCGAACUCAUACCAUCCAGAUCAAAUUCCCAACCGGUUCUGAUUUGCAAGGCGCAUUCGAAGAAGGCCGAGGCAGGAGAAAGAAGAUCGCUCCCCUGCUAGCGAUUCCCCUGCUCAUCGGCGGUAUGAUGGUACCCAUCGCAUUCGGUGCUCUUGCGUUACUCGCGGGCAAGGCUCUGAUCGUGUCGAAGCUAGCGCUGGUGCUCGCCGGUAUAAUCGGCCUUAAGAAACUGCUGUCCUCUAGCAGUGGUGGAGAGGCACAUGAGGUUGUUGUAUCUGCAGGACAUGGCGGCUCUGGGUGGAGCAGAUCACUCGACAACGCCCACGACCUAGCUUACAAAGCAUACGCGCACUAACCAAACCCACCAAAGACGUUGAAUAAAUUAUUAUAAUAACUGAAAACUAAUUUAUUAAUAAGCACUAUUUAUUUACACGUAAAUGUGACACAUGCAUAUAAAAAAAAAUUGAAAAAAUAUAUACAGAUAGAAGAAUACGA